AUGACUAAUACAAGUAACUUUUAUGAAAACCACAUUUUCUAUAUUCAAUUAUUAUUUACCAAUAAUAACUUGACAUUUAAAAAAAGAAGAAGAAGAGGGUGGGGCAUUAAAGAGAGCUGUCUCAUAGUUGGUAAUGUCAAUUAA